UGGAGGAAGAAGAAGAAGCUGCUGUUGCUGAAGUUUGACAAACUUUCCUUGUUGGAGCAAAUCGUCGGAGAAGCAAACAUGAGUCACGUCGACGUGAAAAACCUGAAGCCCACCAACUUUGAAGACGAGUACUACGAUCAGUAUGAUUAUUAUAACUUAACCGAUAAAUACGCAGAAGGCUCGGCCCGCAAAGGCAGGACAAAGAAGGAGGCCAGUGACAACACCAACAGGCACAGCCCCUCCGGACAUGAGCGCAAAAUUGUGGAGAAGCUCCAAAACAGCGAGAAGAAAGCCAAGGAGUGACUGCUGAGGGCGACUCGGACGGCUUACCCCGGAAAAACCGACCACGGCCUCCUUUGCGACCGAACGAGACGUGCAGACGCAGGAGCGUCCUGAAGAGGAGCCCACAGAUCCAGAUGUUCCAGCUGCAGCUUCAGUGAGGAGAUCUUCAUCAUGGCAGCAGACCGUGGCUCCUCCGCCUGUAGCUCUCAGUGUGGUGGGGGUGUACCUGGGUCCCGGUUCGGACCAUGAUGGUGCACGUGUGAUUGUGGUGGUGGCAGUUGGGUGGUUUCGAUGUGUUGACAUGUUUUUAAAAGUGUUUUACUAUUAAAACUCUUUUAAACGAC